ACUAAACGAAUCACUGUAUCUCAUCAUGCUGCUGAUGUGGUUUGUUUGGUGUUCAGAGCCAGUGAUGAUCUGGAGAAAACCAACACCACAUACAUAGAGGAGAGUCAGCCGACGCAAGACGUCACCAUCAGACUCGAGAGCGGCGAAACACUGUCCACUUCCUGCUGUCAUGGAGAGACGGACGCGGAUCACUUCCUGUCUGCGUCGCUCACCGGAAGACGGGUGUCCUUUAACGAGGCCGCCAUCUACGAGCAGAGCGCCAAAGACCAGGAGAAAGGUCGAAGGUACACGCUGACGGAGGGCGACUUCCAUCACCUGAAGAAAGCUCGUCUGACGCACCUGCAGCCGCCGGCGCUGAAGAUCCUCACCAUCAUGGAGUGCGAUUCACCGGAGAACAGCGUGACGCUCAGCGAACAGCCCUCACAACACCCAUCCCUCUCCAUAUUCCAGGUGACACACUGCUUUCAUAUCUCUCCAGCAUCACCUCCAUAUUACGGUUCUCCGCGGAGACGUGCAUUUCAGAGGCAGCGGGCAGCCAGCGAGACUCUGGAUCGUGUAGAAGAAACCUUGCAGGGUGGAGUCAGCGACUUCUUGUUGCGAAAACCCACCGCGCUGCCUCAGGUGGAGCCGCCAAGACGCCUCUCAGCCGGUUCUCCGCAGAGACGUGCAUUUCAGAGGCAGCGGGCGGCCAGCGAGACUCUGGAUCAUGUAGAAGAAACCUUGCAGGGUGGAGUCAGCGACUUCUUGUUGCGAAAACCCACCGCGCUGCCUCAGGAGGAGCCACCAAGACGCCUCUCGGCCGGUUCUUUGGAUGCAGAAGCUCCUCCUGCCCUCAGCAGGCUAGAGGUAGAAGCCGUAAUGGAGCUCAGAGUCAACACAGAUGCAGUGAAAGACACAACUCCAACAUUCCCCUCAACCCAUGGACCUCUGGAAGUGGAGGAUGGUGAAGAGAAUGGACAGGAGAUGAUGGCUGAAGCGUCAGGAGGCGACUGUGAAGAGUAUGGACCAGUGAGCCAUCAGGAGAGUCUAGAGCAGCCCAGCCUGUACCGCGACAUCUGGAGCCUGAGAGCAUCGCUGGAGCAGUACGCCUCCUCCGACCUGAGCAGCAACGACAGGGACUCCACUCGCAGCGAUGCCGACAGCGUUUGCUCAGCAGGAGCAUUGAGAGCGGGCGUCCCCAGCUACCAGUCGCAAGACAUCGAUGAUGAUAUAGACAUGGACAGCGAGCAUCCAUAUGAUGACGUGGUCAGGGAAGCCGAGCAGAGGAGAAAUGGACGGGACAGUGUGGACUCCGAGAGAGGCAGCGACGGAGAGGCAAACAACCGGAAGCUUCUGCAGAUGGACAGCGGAUACGCCUCAAUCGAGGCUCCUUGCAAGGCUCCGGAGGAGUUCAGAUUGUUUGGAAGUAGCUCUGGAAAGACGGCAUCAGAACGUCGCCGCUUUUUCACCAAUUCUGGCCGUAAAGGCACGGUUUGUGAGAGUUUUGAGGCACGGUUGUUUAAGGAAGAGCUGGAAGACGAAGCAUCGGAGAGCAGCGUAAGUUUGGAGGCAGAGACUCCUAUUACGGGAGAACCUCAACCCUUGACCAAACCCAGGCCACACUUCCGCCGCAGAGACUACAGCAUUGAUGAGAAGACCGAGGCACUGUUUAAUGAAUUCUUACGCCAUGAUCCCCAGUUUGACCAGCAGGGCUCGCCCUCAUUGCGUCACCGGCAUCGCUCCAGAAUCCAUCUCAGAAAGCAGUGGCAGCGCAGCAAGCAGUACAGUGACCCCGGUGCCGCUCGAUUCUCGCCAUCUUUAGAGCGACAGCGCUGCUAUCCACUCCGCCGAGGUGACAGUGCCAACUACCCCUUAGACACACGCUAUCACAGUACCUUGCCUCGCAUCGCUAGCGCCGCGGAUGAGGAAGCCAGUGAGGGAGCAGCGAGUACGGAAUCGCCCGAGCCGGAAAAAUCCUGUCCAGAGCUGGAGGGUGCUGAUCCGCCCUCAGAAACAAGAAGUUCUGGUCCAGACCUGGAGGAAAACGCAAACAACAGCAGCAACAACACAAGCCGGCAAUUCUUUUCAUCGCAAACGCAGGACAACAGUGCUAGAGACUGUGGGAUACUGGAAGACUGGGGAACAAAUGCUCAUUCCGCAGAUUCACAUAAACAUUCACAGAUGGACCGUGGUGGACCAAUGGCUACAUUUACUUCUCAUUUGCAUUCAAAUACAAACACACUCAUACCGGAUCCCACUGAUCCGGAUCAGGACUCGCGUCACACUCUCACUGACAUCAGUCCGUCAGACAAACUGGCAUCCACACUGGACGAUCGCCUCUACUCUAACCUGAGGACUCAAAGAGGGAGUCAAGUGUGUGUCAUGACUGUAAGCCGCACCUCACCAGAUCUAAAAGAAUAAGGGCCAGUUUGACGAAACGGCAAAUUAGCGAGAGUGUAAUUCCAAAAGAGCGCCGAUGGGUGUGGAAAUUUCUGCGGGUGAUUUACUAACAACGCACAAAUUAAAGAACACAGACGCAACAUCUCAUUUACAUAUCUACCAACGCAAUAUACCAAGUGUAGCGCAAAUUAGAGGAGUCGCAAAUAAAGAAGCCAUAGUAGGCUACAUUGAAACGAACCGGAGGCAAAAAAUGCUAGAAGUUGCAAGAAGUUUUGAUAGAGCUAGUAUUGCAUGACUCCCUAGUUGAGGGUUCCAAAUCGUCUUUUAUUUCCUGAAGCAAAUUAAAAAUAACAUGGCUUGCCAAACAAUAUUUUCGUGUUCUUCUUGCAUUCCAAAUAAAUUACGUGUGGAAAAAAAAUCCUCUGCCUUCUACCACACACGCUCUCAUCUCUGCGGUGCCUCCUCCUAGCAACAGACUGCAGCCAUUUCAAGCGCA